CUCAGAGAUUCGCCUAGGCCGCUCAGAGAGCCUCAAGGGCCGGGAAGAGAUGAAACGGUCUCGAAAGGGGGAGAAUGUGCCCCGCUCUCGCAGUGAUGUUGACAUGGAUGCUGCUGCUGAAGCUACUCGCCUCCACCAGUCGGCCUCAUCCUCUGCUUCUAGCCUCUCCACCAGGUCUCUUGAGAACCCAACACCUCCCUUCACCCCCAAAAUGGGCCGCAGGAGCAUUGAGUCCCCCAGCUUGGGGUUCUGCACAGACACCCUCCUUCCCCACCUCCUGGAGGAUGAUCUGGGCCAGCUGUCUGAUCUGGAGCCUGAGCCAGAUGCCCAAAACUGGCAGCACACAGUGGGCAAGGACGUGGUGGCUGGGCUAACCCAGAGGGAGAUUGACCGGCAGGAGGUCAUCAAUGAGCUAUUUGUGACGGAGGCUUCCCACCUGCGCAUACUCCGUGUGCUGGACCUGAUCUUCUACCAGCGCAUGAAGAAGGAGAACCUGAUGCCGCGGGAAGAGCUGGCCCGGCUCUUUCCCAACCUGCCUGAGCUCAUCGAGAUUCACAAUUCCUGGUGUGAAGCCAUGAAGAAGCUCCGGGAGGAGGGCCCCAUCAUCAAAGAGAUCAGUGACCUCAUGCUGGCUCGGUUUGAUGGUCCUGCCCGAGAGGAGCUUCAGCAAGUGGCUGCACAGUUCUGUUCCUAUCAGUCAAUAGCCCUGGAGCUGAUCAAGACCAAGCAGCGCAAGGAGAGCCGGUUCCAGCUGUUCAUGCAGGAGGCCGAGAGCCAUCCUCAGUGUCGGCGGCUGCAACUGCGAGACCUCAUCAUCUCCGAGAUGCAGCGGCUCACCAAGUACCCACUGCUGCUGGAGAGCAUCAUCAAGCACACAGAGGGUGGCACCUCUGAGCAUGAGAAGCUCUGCCGGGCCCGGGACCAGUGCCGGGAGAUUCUCAAGUACGUGAAUGAAGCGGUGAAGCAGACGGAGAACCGGCACCGUUUAGAGGGCUACCAGAAACGCCUAGAUGCCACUGCCCUGGAGAGGGCCAGCAAUCCCCUGGCAGCAGAGUUCAAGAGCCUGGAUCUUACCACCAGAAAGAUGAUCCAUGAGGGACCCUUGACCUGGAGGAUCAGCAAGGAUAAGACCCUGGAUCUCCACGUGCUGCUGCUGGACGACCUCCUGGUGCUGCUGCAGAAACAAGAUGAGAAGCUGCUGCUGAAGUGCCACAGCAAGACCGCCGUGGGCGCCUCAGACAGCAAGCAGACCUUCAGCCCCGUGCUCAAGCUUAACGCUGUGCUUAUCCGCUCCGUGGCCACAGAUAAACGGGCCUUUUUCAUCAUCUGUACCUCCAAGUUGGGUCCCCCCCAGAUCUAUGAGCUGGUUGCAUUGACGUCAUCAGACAAGAACACAUGGAUGGAGCUCUUAGAAGAGGUCGUGCGGAAUGCCACCAGGCAUCCCGGAACUGCCCCAACGCCUAUACUCCCCCCGCCCCCAGGACCCCAGGAGCCUGCACCCCAGGGCACCACACCCAGCAGGGUAGACCUGGAUGACUCAGAAGUGUUCCACAGUGAGCCAGAACCUGAGGAGUUGCCUGGAGGCACUAGGCCCCAGCAGAGGGCCCAAGGGAAGCACCCAGUGCCACUGGAAGACCCUGAGCAGGAGGGCAGCAUAGAGGAGGAGGAGCUGGGCGUUCUGCCUCACCCUUCCGCAUCCCUAGAUGGAGAGAACAGGGGCAUCCGGGCCCGGGACUCCAUCCAUCUGGCCCUCCCAGGUCCUCUGUUCAUGGAAGGCCUUGCUGAGUCUGCUCUGGAGGAUGUGGAGAGCCUGCGGCACCUGAUCCUGUGGAGCCUGCUGCCUGCUCACACCGUGGAAACACAGGCUGUGGGGGAGCCCGAGGAUGACCUGACGCCCACGCCUUCUGUCAUCAGCGUCACCUCUCACCCCUGGGACCCAGGCUCCCCAGGGCAAGCUCCCACUGGGGGCAAAGGGGGCAACACCCAGCUCCCGGGGCCAGAGCGGGGCCAGCUGGAGCAAGAGGACACAGCUCUCUGUUCUCUAGAGCACCUGCCCCCAAGGACCAGAAAUUCUGGGAUCUGGGAGUCUCCAGAGCUGGACAGGAAUCCAGCGGAAGAGGCUUCAAGCACAGAGGCGUCAGGAAGUUACAAAGUUGUGAGAAAAGCCGAGGUGGCAGGCAGCAAGGUUGUCCCUGCACUACCAGAGAGUGGCCAGUCAGAGCCUGAGCCACCUGAAGUGGAAGGCGGAACAAAGGCUACGGGAAACUGCUUUUAUGUCAGCAUGCCAGCAGGACCCCUGGACUCAAGCACCGACCCUGCAGGGGUAGCCACAAGCCCCUCCCAGCCUGACAGCCUCCCUGCCUGGGAGACAGAGCCACCACCCCAGCUGCAGGGAGACACUGGAGAUCAAAGACGCCCCAACCGCUCUUCCCCAAGCCUGGCCCUCAGGGAUGUGGGCAUGAUCUUCCGCACCAUUGAGCAGCUUACCCUCAAGCUCAACAGGCUCAAGGACAUGGAGUUGGCCCACAGAGAGCUGCUCAAGUCUCUCGGGGGAGAGUCGUCGGGAGGCACCACGCCUGUGGGCAGUCUCCACACAGAAGCAGCCCGAUGGACAGAAGGUGCUCUCUUGCCUUCAGCUAAGGAAACCUCUGAGCCCAGGAACAGCCAGGAGCUGAGGCCCUGCCCUGAAGAUGGCUCUCAUACCCCCUUGGAAGACAGCACAGCAGAUGUGACCACAUCACCAGGACCAUAAUCAAAUCCUCUGCAUCCCCACUCCUCCAGGAACUGGCCUGAGACAGGGGCACAGGAUGGGGAGACCCCACACUUCCCCCAUGCAAGAGGCAAUUGGGGAAACUGAGAUCCAGCCGAGGCCUGAGGGAGACCCGCAUGUUGCUUGGUCUGCUCAGACCAGAGUCAGGUUAUGUGUCUUCCCCCCCAGCCCAGCCCUCCAAGGCCUGAUGUCUCCUAAGCAUGCUGACCGCAUUGUAAGGCCCUGGUCUGCCCUCGCCCCACACAUGUGUCUGUGUGUGCCCCUGAACAUGCCACGUCUUCAGACAUGCGAGAGAAGGGAGGAGGCUUCUGUGUAAAUGCACUUUCUUCCUCCCCCUCCUCUCAGGGCCCCAGGAGAGCUAGGUGCCUCCCUCCUUCUUGUCACUUUGGUUCCCUAUAAAUAUGUAUGUAUUGUAUGUGCGUCUUUGCUUUUGUAAAUAAGUUGGACCUUUCUGUUUCUGUUCCUGGAGUGCUGGUGGCAGUUCCAGAAGGGACUGCUAAGGGAGAAGGUGGUAACUUGUAUCUCCUAGUCAAUAGCCCAGCUCCAGGGUCGGGGCCUGAAAGGGGAGUCAGACCUGUGUAUCCCUGUCCCCCUGAGUGGGGAGGUCUCUGGCUUCCAGUCCCACCUGGCACCCUGUUUUGCAGGGUGCUGAGCCCUUCCCCUUCCUAGGACUUGUCAUCUUCCCAAGAUGGGGACCGCAGGGAAUUGUUACCCCACCUGAGUCUAACCCUCCCCACCCCAACCCUGUAGAAAACCAAUGUAGCAGGUACAGCGCUGAAGACUGGGCCCAGGAGGUGGGGUGGGGAUCUGAGAGCACCCAGGACCAUCCGAGGGGCCACCAGCAAUGGCCUCCCCCACAUCCUCACCCCACACCCCAUGAAUAGAAUAUACACACUGUGCUGGGUGUAUAUAUACAUAUAUAUAUAUAAAUAUAUAUAAUAUAUAUAAAAUAUAGAUAUGAAAAUGACUGUUUUGCUGUUAAGAUAAUGUAUACUCCUAUUUUCUUCCUUUCAUGGUUAAGAUUUUUUUUUAAGAAAAGUUAAAUAUUCUUCAAUUGUG